GAGGACGGCCCGUGCGUAUUUACGCAGAGUGUGCGCACCCACGGCGCGCUGACAGCAGAACCCUGCUUGUCCGCGAGUGGCACCGUGCAGCGGGCAAUAAAGACUUGGAGAAGAAGCCCGUAAAAGCCUCAGGGGUCAUUAUGUUGUCUUUGAGUUGGCCGCCUGUCCUCGCGCGUUAACGCGCAGCUGAAAAGGAAGACAAACACGUUGAUUGAGAAGAAGGGUCUGAUUCAGCCCGUAUUUUUAGCAUCCCUCUUUUCCCCUCUCCCCGUCCCUUCUGAGUGUGGGGUGUAAGAGGGAGGGAGGGGAGAACCGGUCGGAUGGACGGUGAAGCUGCGCGCUUCCCCGGUUCGUGUUCCGCUGGAUGUAGGACGAUGGAUUAACAGCCUCCUCCGGACCCUGGUGUUUCCUUGUGACUUCCGACUCCUCUCCACUCCGGGACUUUAACUCUCACCUUCUUCCCUCUCCAUCCACAUCGAGAUGACCGAGGAAUAUGUUGUGCGGUGCGUCCUGAUGCUCUGCUGCGCGCUCCUCUCGGCCAACGCAAGUAACUGGCUGUACUUAGCCAAACUGUCAUCGGUGGGAAGCAUCAGGGAUGAAGAAACAUGCGAGAGGUUACGAGGUCUGAUCCAGAGACAGGUUCAGAUCUGUAAGCGGAGUGUGGAGGUAAUGGAUGCAGUGCGGCGUGGAGCCCAGCUGGCGAUAGACGAGUGUCAGUUUCAGUUUCGUAACCGUCGGUGGAACUGCUCCACUCUGGAAACCAUGCCUGUGUUUGGCAAAGUGGUCACCCAGGGCACCCGUGAGGCAGCCUUUGUGUAUGCCAUCUCAGCAGCCAGUGUGGCAUUUGCGGUAACACGGGCCUGCAGCAGUGGAGAGCUGGAAAAAUGUGGCUGUGACCACACGGUGCAUGGAGUCAGUCCAGAGGGGUUCCAGUGGUCUGGCUGCAGUGAUAACAUUGCGUACGGAGUGGCCUUUUCUCAGUCCUUUGUGGAUGUGAGGGAGAGAGGUAAAGGCCAGUCCUCCAGCCGAGCACUCAUGAACCUGCACAACAACGAGGCUGGCAGGAAGGCCAUUCUGUCCCACAUGCGUGUGGAGUGUAAAUGUCACGGUGUGUCGGGCUCCUGUGAGGUGAAGACAUGCUGGAGAGCAAUGCCGCCAUUCCGCAAGGUGGGCAACCUCAUCAAGGAGAGGUUUGAUGGUGCCACUGAAGUAGAGCAACGCAAAGUGGGCACCACGAAAAUCCUCGUGCCCCGUAACUCUCAGUUCAAACCUCACACAGAUGAAGAUCUGGUCUAUCUAGAGCCCAGUCCAGAUUUCUGCGACUAUGACCCACGCACACCAGGCAUGCUGGGCACAGUGGGGCGCCAGUGUAACAGAACAUCCAAGGCCAUCGACGGCUGCGAGCUGAUGUGCUGUGGCCGUGGCUUCCAGACGCAGGAGGUGGAGGUGGUGGACAGGUGCAGCUGUAAGUUCCACUGGUGCUGUUAUGUUAAAUGUAAACAGUGCCGCAAGAUGGUGGAGAUACACACUUGCCGAUGAUAUCAGGACCGCAACCACAGGAGCCGCCUUUAGACAAAGGAAAUGCCCUGCACCCGCAGUCAAGAAGGAGCAUAAAGAGACUCGUGAAGGUUCUUUUCCCGCUUGAGUCACCCCACCUUUGCAACUACUGGCAAGCAGGAGUGACUGAGAAGUCCAAGGUCAUGUGAUUCAUUUUAUGCCAUGAUUAUGGACAUUAUAACAUUACCUGCAUGGGAUUCCCGACAAAGCAACAGAGAUAUUUCUCUUCUUAAGCAGAGAACAUCUUUCGCUUGGUUUCCAUCCGAUCCCUCACUUGCAUGUUUUGUUGGGCGUUGAUUCCCAUUUAUUGUUGUAAUGUUUAACUUAUUUGUUGAAUCUGGAGCUGGGUGAGGACUGGAUCUACAUGGAGGUGGACUCAUGGAUAUAAUAAGAAACAUAUAUGACUUUUGGGUGGGUUACAGGGGUUAGGGUGGGGGUUAAGAAGAGGGACCUCUGCCCUCUGUCAUUGCUGCUGCUUUGGGACUCAAUUGGAGUGCUGGAUGUCAAAAAAGGAGACACCGGGUCUGUCUGGAGGCUGACCUGAACAACAUAUGGUACUCACAGAAGGACAAUCUGUGAUCUGCUUCCCAAUUGUGUACAAGCUGGGGUUCAGUUGCUGUUUUUGCCCAAUGCAUUGCCCUGAUGCUGCUCCACCGUCACACAAUCAGGCACACACACACUCUCUCUCUUUGCAUUAGAGGGAGGAUGACGAUGGACAGACGAAAACCACUCAGUUUCUUCCUGACUUGUAGUCCCUGAAUCUGAUGGGCAUCAGCAGACCGCUGACUGAACACAAACUGUUGAAAACAGUAAAGCACCAACUCACCAGGAUGCUGAACAAAACAAACAACACUUUCACUGAAGUAGACAGGAGGUGAAGCCACAUGAUUUUAGCUCUGAUAGUGCGAACUGUGUAGGGAUUGGGUUACUCAAAAAUGUUUAAUCAGUGGGCACAUAAAUACCAAGAAUGAGGUGCAUUCAAAAAUCACAAAUCAUGACAUUUUAAGAUGCAUUAAAAGGGAACUGCAAGGGCCUCCUUUACCAAACUGCGUAGGACAGGUUCUACAUGCUGGUACGCAAACAAAAUUUAAUAAGUAAAAAGAAAAAAAUCCAUGUUCAUCAAACAAGCGCACGCUGAAUGUAAACAGACACGUGUCAAAGGGCAUUAUGGGAAAAUUCCAGUACACAUGCAGCUACUGAUAUUUUUGAGUAAAUUCAAAGGCAAUCACAAAAAACAGCAAGCCAGCACUUCUGUCUAAGAUGAGCCUUCUCUCUGCAAGACAGACCUGAUGACAAGAGAAAGGGGAAAAAAGUGGAGGAAAAAAAAAA